AUGGCAAGGAUUAACCGAGGCCAUGGAGAGAAGAGAGAAGAGUCCGUGGCAGUGGCCAUAGACAAGGACAAAGGAAGUGAAAAUGCCAUCAAAUGGGCUGUUGAUCAUCUUCUCACAAGAGGCCAACCUCUCACGUUGCUGCAUGUUAAGCACACAUCCUCUUCUGAAGGAGCCGACAGCCAAGGUGGUGGUGCUCAAGCCCAAAGUCUGUUUCUUUCGUACCGUUCCUUUUGCUCCAAAAAGAAUAUAAAAUGCAAUGAAGUCGUACUCGAGGAUACUGAUAUUCCAAAAGCAAUCAUCAAUUACGUUGUCACUAGCUCAGUUGAGAUUUUGGUUCUUGGUACACCAACAAAAAGUGGCCUUUUCAGAUUCAAACUCACAGACGUUCCAAGCACAGUGUCAAAGGGGGCACCAGAUUUUUGCUCUGUUUACGUGAUUAGCAAGGGAAAGGUCUCGUACAUGCGACAUGCUACUACUACAACACCCCAAAAAUCUGCCCCACGUAAUCAGAUACAACACCAAUCCACCCCUGUUUCUGAAACCAAAUCAUCAGCAUCGGAGAGGACACAGUACUAUUCAGCUCGUAGCCCGCCAGAUGCUGACACUCAAAUCAAGUCACCAUUCACAAGAGGAAGAGCUUCAAUGGACAAAUCGUACGAGCUCUCGUCUGAUACUGAUAUAUCAUUUGUGAGUAGUGGAAGGGCAAGCAUCGAUCACAUUUCUCCUUCUUUCUAUGAUUUUGGUGCGGAAGUGGCGAUGCCCUCUCGGCAUUCAAUUGGGUCAGAAAUGGAGAGCAGAAGCUCCACAUCGUCAUACUCAAGAAACAGGCUUUUUGAUAUGGGGUCUCCACAAUACGAAAUCUCAUCGUGCUCAAUCGAAAGUGGAAAAUCAUCGUCAUCAUCACAGAACAUGGAUGAUGUGGAAGCUGAGAUGAGGAGGCUCAAGCUAGAGCUCAAGCAAACAAUGGAGAUGUACAGUAUGGCCUGCAAGGAAGCACUGACAGCAAAACACAAGGAAAGGGAACUUAACCGGUGGAAAUUGGAAGAUGAACAAAGGUUAGAAGCGGCAAGACAUGCUGAGGAAGCUGCAUUGGCGCUUGUAGAGAGGGAGAAAGCCAAAUGUAAGGCAGCCAUCGAGGCAGCCGAAGCAUCUCAUAGGAUUGCUGAAUUGGAAGCACAAAAACGGAGGGCUGCAGAAAUGAAAGCCUUUAAAGAAUCCGAAGAGAAGAAGAAGGCACUCCAAUCGAGGGCAUAUGAUCCGAGGUACAGGAAAUACACAAUUGAGGAGAUUGAGAAGGCAACGAAUGAUUUCUCGCAAGCUCGCAAGAUCGGGGAAGGAGGCUAUGGGCCAGUUUACAGAGGUGAACUGGACCACACGCCAGUGGCAAUAAAAGUUCUACGUCCAGAUGCAGCUCAAGGAAAAAUGGGGACCAUAUUGUUUGGCAUUUAA